CGCGAUCAUCGCGUAGCGAAGAGCUGCCGAUACAAACGUAUCUAUCGUAUUAUUAUUUUUUUUUUUUCGUUAACGUCUCCUCGAGGUCGUCAUCGUCAUCGUCAUGGAUGUGUUCAAUUUGACGAAGCUGAAAUCGGCGCUGAAACGUCAACUGUCGCUGCCCAUCAUUCAGAAUCAUCCACGACAGCAGCGAAUAAACAGCAACAACAACAACAAUGACGACAGUCCGGAGGAGAGCAACAAGAUGCUGUCGACGACGAGCGAGCAGGCAAUCGUCGUCGUCAGAAGCGACAAGACUCGCUGCAGUAGCAGAAGAAGACGCAAGACCAGCUCGAGCAGACCGACCCUCGGCGUGCUCGAGGAGAUCAUCCUCUGCCCGCUGUGCAAGUGCAAGCUCAGAUCGCCCAGGACUCUGGCCUGCCAGCACAGCUUCUGCAAGAAGUGCCUCGACCUGGAGCUGUCGAGUUCCUCGGCUCCGAGCUGCCCGAGCUGUCGCACGCCCGUGGCCGAUUUCGUCUCGACGGAUCUGCUGCCCGUGAACGCGGGCGUGGCCAGGCUGCUCGAGGCCGUCGACAGGGAGGACUUUGUCGAGCAGCGCAGGCUCGACGACGUAGACGGUGACACCGAGGAUGGGACGAGACGAGGCGAGCGCAGACACAGCCUCGUGGUGAAUUUUCGACAAUUGAUGACGACUAAUCAGCCCCAGCAGCAGCAGCAGCAACGACAGUCUACCAUUAUGGCGAGACCCACGACGAUGCAGAGGACGCGAGAGCGAAAAAUUUCCGCGCAAAGCUCCAUCACCAUCAGAUGCUGCAACUGUCGGGCACCCUACUGCGACUCUCAGGACGCUUGUCGUCAUUGCAAUCAGAUAUACUGUCGCGCGUGCCGAGAGAUCCACGUGCAGCGGCUCGCCAGCGCGCAGGCCGGCGCAAUUAUCGACAGGCUGACGAUCGCCGCCGAUAAUUUGGAUAAGCGAGCCGACGACUUUAGAAUCAGAACGGAAAAAUGUCGCGACGCCGUGCUGGAAGAUUUCGACAAGAAGCUGGCCGAGCUGGAGCGGGACAAGGCGAGGAGGUUGAGACUGAUCGACGAGUCGAGAGAGAGGAGCGAGCUCGCGCUGGAGCAGAUCCGCGGCCAGGUCGAGAGCUCGAGGCGGCAAUUGAUGAAUCGAUGCGAUAAUUGCGAAGAUGGCGCUGAAAAGGUCGAUGGCUUGCUCGAGCUCUACCGCAGAUCCCUCGAGACGGCGAGGUUGGCCGAGGCGUGGCAGGUGCCGCGACUUAUGGAGGACGACGACGACGACGACGAUGAGAUCGUGACGAUGGCGGCGCUCGGAGAUGCCAACGAAAGGCAAAAAAAUCUACUGAGCGAGCGGGCCAAUGCCCAGCGGCCGGGCGGCAUGGCUCGCGACCCCCGCACCGGCGAGAUCUACAUCGCCUGUCCGGGCAACGGCCAGAUCGUCGUUCUCGAUCGUCGCUAUCGACUUCUGCGACGCAUCCGUAAUCCCGACCUCGUGACCUCGCCCCAGUCCCUGGCCGUCCACCAGCACGAGAUCUACGUCUCGGACAAGUGCCAGCACUCGAUACUCGUGCUGGAUCGUCGCGGACAGCUGCUGCGUCGAUUGGGCACGGGCAGGGGCUCGUCGCCCGGCCAAUUGCGCUGUCCGCGCGGCAUCGCUUUGUCAUCAUCCUCCUCCUCCUCCUCAUCCUCCCAUCCGUUGCUGUUGUACGUGGCCGACACGGGUAACGAUCGGGUGCAGAUCUACGACAGCCGUGACGGCUCCCUUCAACGCUGCCCGACGAGCUUCGACUUCGAUCGGCCGAGCGACGUGGCCGUCAGCCGCGACACGGGCCACGUAUGCGUCGCCGACUCGGGCAAUCACAAGAUACACGUGUUCGAGCCUCGGCUGGCGAGGCUCGUAUUCAGCUGCGGUGCUUACGGUGCUCUGGAUGGCCUGUUCAGAUCGCCGAUGUGCGUCGAGUUCGGCGGCGGCGACGACGACGAGGACGACGAAAUUUACGUGGGCGACCGCGACAACGGCCGGAUACAGGUGUUCUCGGCGCAGGGCCAGUUCGUCCGCGUGCUGCAGCAGCAGACCAGCCACGGAUUCGGCUGGAUCUCCGGACUGAUAUGCCUGCCUGGACGUAGACUGCUCGUCGCGGACAGUCGCGACAAUGCCCUGUACUCGCUGCGGUCGUCGUAG